AUGGGCCAGUGCGGCUGCAGCCGAAGUGAUUCAGCACCAGCUGGCAGAAGCUCCAGAAGAGAUGACUAUGCAGAGUCGGCUUUGCUGAACGAGUCAAGAAGAUUCAUUCUGGAGAGAACCAAAGCCAAACGUGGACCGCAAGGGAUAGAAUUGGGAUGGUUGAACUUCAUGGUCAAGAAGCUGUGGCCAAAACUCAGCAUGGCCUGUACGGCAAUCAUCAAAGAAGAGCUGCAGCCAAAGCUGCAAGCGGCUGUUCCUGCAGUUCUGAGUGGCAUUUAUUUCAAGAAGCUGGACUUUGGGGAUGAGCAUCCUUUGCUUGGCCCAGUGGGUGUUGCACAUGGCAAGCAGAACCAGUAUGAUGGGCUUGAGCUUGACGUAAAGCUGGUCUGGAAGUGCAAUGCUGAGGUGGUCUUGGAAGUCCAAGGCAUUGAGAUUGGCUUGGAGAAGAUUCGCAUCGACGGCACCGUCCGACUGCAACUCCGGCCGCUUCUGCACCAUUUCCCGACCAUGGGAGGUCUUCAGAUCACCAUGAUGUCACCGCCAAACCUCAACUGGAGCUUCCGUGGGCUGCUAGGUGCCCUGCAGCUUGAGGUUCUUUCGCGCGUGAUGCGGCAAGUAGUGGCAGACCAGAUCUCUGAGCUCCUGGUGGUCCCCAAUCUGCUGUUCGUCCACUGGAUGGAAUCCUCUGACGACAUAGACCUGGAAGUCUUGCAAUUUCCGCAUCCUGAGUGCAUCGUGCGUCUAUGUAUCAGAGAGGCUCGAAACCUUAGAGGCUCUGACUGGAACUACUUCGGAUUCAAGGGCACUUCAGAUCCAUAUGUCUCAGUUCACUUGGGCUCACGUCUCUGGCAUACGCCACAGAAAUCACGGACUCGGAACCCCAGGUGGGGAGACGCAGGCUGCCAGGACUUCUUGGUGUACACCCCGAGCCAGUUCGUGAAGGUCGAUGUCUAUGAUGCCGACAUUGGACCAGGUACAGAUGACCACCUUGGCCACGUUGCGGGCCUCAAGGUGGAAGAUUUGCUCAAUUCGCCCAACCAGUGGUGGCCCCUAUCCGGACGCAAAGUCAGAGAGACUCAGUCUGGGGUUGCUGCCGAAGACCCGUCGUAUGGGGAGGUGUACAUCCAGACGCGAUUCUUCGAGCUGAGGAUGCACAGACAGAACAUUCCGCAGCCGAUGGGCAAAGCGGAUGCCGAAGCGUUUGUCUUCAUCGAUUUGCGGAGCUUGCGCGGCUUACAGCAAAAGCAGGCCAACGGAGCAACCAUCACUUUCAAGCUUGAGGGGAACUCUCAUAAGAGUAGAGGUGCCGCAUACAAGGCGACAACCUACGGUUCUGCGCUCACUGCGUCAGCGCAGAGACUUGUGGAACACCUCCAGAACUCCCAGGGCAAGUCUGUUGACGAAAUAAUGAAGAUUUCUGGUCUCAGCAAGGAGCAGGUCUCCUCAGUGGUUCAAGCUAGACCCUCCUUCACCACGCGAUGGCACCAGCCCUUUUCCUUGCCAAUCAGAGAUUUGGACAACGCGCGGUUGGACAUCUCGCUUGGGAUUCGCCGUCCCUACCACAAGGUUCUGGCAGUGCUCAAGAGGCCCAUUCGCCUCAAGGAGCUGGUGGACAAUGGUAAGUGGCAGCUGGACAAAGCGCUUGUCCUGGAGCCGGAUGGCAAGCCCGAAGGUGCCAGUCUGGUGCAUGAGACUCUCGAGCUCAGCUUGCGCAUAACUUUGCGGUGCUUGUCGCUCUCGACGUCUGAACUGCCUUCCGAACCUGGGAGCACCAUUCCUAGUCCUGUCCAGAGCCAGGGUGCCAGCUGA